UACUUGUACGCUACAUUUAUCUGUCCCUCCAAGAUGGCGGCCAAACGGUGCGUUCAGACGUUUUAGAAACAAAGAAAUAUAGUGCUUAAUAUGAAGAUGUUUUUGUUGGCUGGAUUUAUGUCUGUUGGUCUGCUACUUACUGGCGGCGAUGCGAACCCCCCGCAAGUUAAACUCUACCGACGGCGCGGGGAUAGUGUUAUACUGCCAUGCCGCCUGGCUUCCGGCUUGGACCCCGACACGGUCUUGGUCCGCUGGAAAUCAUCAAAAGACUCUUACCUCACUUCCGGUGUACGUGUACUCAAAUACACGAACCAGAUUGAGGUCGUCAAGACAUCCAAAAUUGAAUGGAAUCUUCUGAUUAAGUGGGUCACGGACACAUUCGCGGCGAAUUACACGUGCAUGUCAGAUAAAGAAGUGGUGCUGUCCAACGUACAGCUUCUGAUCUUGGUCGCUCCGAAAAUCGACAUUGGCGGUACAAGCUCACCGGAAGUGAACGUCGAUGAAGGCGGCACAGUGGAACUUACGUGCGCAUUUACUGGCGAACCCGUACCGAACAUAACGUGGUUUAGGGGUGACGACAAACAGCCUACCGGCAUCACGGGGAGCAAACUUGUUCUGCCUGACGUCAAGCGUUACGCUACCGACGUCUACACGUGUCGUGGAGAGAAUUCUGUUAGUAACGAGGAUCAUCAGAUCAAUCUUAUCGUGAGGUUUCCUGUCGAGGUAGACGUUAUGGAAAAUACCGUUUACGUCAAGAGGGGAGGUAUAUUUACGUUAGCGUGUAUCGCGCAAGGGGCUCCGUUAUACGAAACAUACUGGAUUGACGUUCAUGGUAACAAAGUGAUGUCUACAACAUGGAAAUAUGACUUUAACAUGGAAUCGGCAGGUGCACAUAUACCGGCUAAGUUCGUCACCUUGGCUUCUCGCACGGGUGCCUUGACCGUUUUCGACUUUGGACCGUACACGUGCGAAGCGAAGGGAGAUGGGCGCGUUGCCAAAGCAACUGUGAAUGUCGUUGAACUUAAGGAACUCAACUAAUUUAACGCCAACGGAUCGUAUGUCCCUGAUGCGAAUUACGACAAAAUAAAUCGAAAAUCAUAACGCUUUCGAAAUAAGCAGAACUAUGAUUGGGACUUGCGAAAUGUAUUGCCUUAAUGUGUAAAUAUAUUUUAAAGAUGCACUCUUACUCCCAAAUGAUAUUUACCUAAAUUAAUACAAUUGUUUUAAUAUUUGAAAAAGGAUGAAUACAUGUCGAAAACAAAGGUUCUUAUGAAGGAUACUGAGUUUAAGUUGAAAGAAAUGCACAUAAAACACGGUAUUUCUACCUCAUGAGACUAUAGUGGACCACAGUAAAUCUUUUAACAUUCAACAAUCAUUUAAUAUUUUUGCGUUUUCUGCUAUUAAAUACACGGUUACAAUCUUGUUAUCAGUAAUUAAUAUUUUCCAUAAGUGCAUUAUUUAGUAAGUAGUAAAAGGUUUAUCAGUCAAAAUUGAUGUGUGUUAUACAUGUGUAUGUAUAUAUUGAUUUUGAAUAAGAGUGUCACUUUAAAAGCAUGUAACCAGUAUUGGCGUAAAUGUUAAAUUUGGAUGCCUUGUGAUCCAAUAUAUGUUUGGUAUCAAUAGAAAAGGCUUUGCUUGCUAAUUACUCAUAAAUUUGGGAAAUAGAAGAACAUACAUUAAUACUAAAGUUAAUGCAGUUUGACUUUUUCUUCUUUAUUUUAACAGAAAUCUGAUGUAAAUUGUUGAUGAUUUGAAUUGAUAAAAUGAGUAUAUAAUUCUUAACCUAUUUAAGACACUAGACACCAGAUGGUCCCUAUAUCAGCAAAUACAGUAUUUUCUCAAAACAAGCCUAGAAUUGUCAAUACUAGUGUUAUGCUGUAAAAUUUCGAGUACUUUUGUGUAAUGAAGUUUUACGAAAUGUCAUUAAUACUUUUCAUGUUUCAUAAUUUUAGAAUAUUUUGUCUGUUAGAAACACAUUCCUGGUGCUUAAAGUGAAUUUUGAUAAUAGCCAAAUGGUUUCAUGACAUUUAUUACUCUAUUCAAACAUAGUUGUCAAACUUUAUAUUAUAGUAUACACAGCGUAUAGCAUUUUUAUUAUCAAUUAGUCUGUGAAAUUAUUUUUCUUGACAACCUAUCACUACGUCUAAAGAUUGUUGCGAAACUUUAGAUUGUAAUAUAAACAGAAUGCCCGGCUUAACUGAUAAUUGAGAUUAAGUCAGACAAUGACAUUUUUAGGGCCCAGCCCCUAGUGUCCCCUGCGUCUGGAUUAAUUGUCUCAAUUUCAUUGGCCAUGUAUUGGCAUGACUUUUUGUAACAUGUCCUUUGUCAUUGGAUGAUGAUAGUUUUGGCAAUUCUCUAAAAAGUUGUGUCUUUCCUCGCUCGAGUCACUUUUACUGUUGACUUCGAAGUGUUUCAUCUCAUAAUAAAACGAGGAAAUAGACACAUUUCUUGAUCCUUUUUAGGUAAGAAUUUUGCUUAUUUGUGUAAGGUUGUUCUAUCUUUUUUAAUGAUUAACAGUUGUAUUUGAGACUUAAAUGUUUCCGUUUUAGAAACAUGCUAUAAAGUUAUUUCAAUGAUAUUGUAUUAAGUAUUUAAAGAUAAUUUAGAAUGGAAAAUCAGUCUUGAUAUGUUUAUAAAUGUAUUCAUACAUUCCUUAUAAUUAUCAUGUACUGACUAUGUAUAACUGAUUUAUGUAAGAAGCAUAUUAUUGUCUAUGGCUUAUACACCCAAGUCACAUCUAAGCACUGUACACUUUUCGGUCAUUCUUUUGGCUCCAUUGUUAGCUUUUCGUUAGAUAGUUAACUUAGUCGUUCUAUGAUCAGGAAGCGAUUGAGAAAAAAGCAGAAAUUUGUCAGUGAAAAAGUUUUAAGCUUAUCUGAUUCUUUUAAGACAGCAAAAGAUGUUGACAUGUAUGUAUAUUGCUUCUUUGUAUACUUUUGAAACCAACGAACUCAGAAAUUGAUGUGAGACUUUGCAAUGCAUUGUUGGUUCAUCUAAUUGCUAAUUGUCAAUCAAGAUUAAUUUGUAAUUUAAGAGAAACUUAUUAUUUGACAAUAUUGAAAUCAUUAUUAUUCUGUAUUAUGAAAUGUUGUUAAUACUUAUGAUACAUGUAUAUGUACUGCACUUUUACUGUUGACUUCGAAGUGUUUCAUCUCAUAAUAAAACGAGGAAAUAGA